GAAACGUGGAGAACGGCUUGCUCGUGUAGUCGGACUUCACUAUGAUUAUCCCGAUCCGCUGCUUCACCUGUGGGAAGAUUGUCGGGAACAAGUGGGAGGCUUACCUGGGUCUCCUCCAGGCUGAAUACACAGAGGGGGACGCUCUGGACGCACUGGGCUUGAAGAGGUACUGCUGCCGCAGGAUGCUGCUGUCUCACGUCGAUCUGAUCGAGAAACUGCUGAACUAUGCGCCGCUGGAGAAAUAAGACCCCGGGGACUCGGGAUAGAUUCAAAAUGGCUUCAUUGGCUCUCUCUCUGUGUGUGUGAAAUCGUGUUCGCUGCACUGAUUUCUGUGGCUUCUUUACUCUUCUAUGCUAUCUGUUCAUCAUCAUACACACAGUGCAGUGCUUGUAUUUCCUUUUCUAAUGUUUAUAAAUAAAAUGGUAAAGAUGA